AUGUGCUGCAAGGAAACUUGUCUCCGAGCCAUUUGCCUGCAGCAACGGGGCUCCUCCAUGCAACAGCGGCUGCCCACGGCAACUGGAGCUCCUGCCAAGCCCUUGCAGAGGGUCAGGAAGGCGGGCGCUGAUGGCAGAGGAAAUGCGCUGGAUGGAGCCAAGGCCGGACUCAUCCGUCCGCGGCUCACGGACCCCAUUUCCCCCCCAUUUACAAAGCAGCAGAUCCACAAGUUUGUGAUUUAUCUCUGUCCGCCGGCCCGGCCAAAGUCGUGCAUUUUCUACCCUGCUCCGGCAGGGGGCGUGCGCACGAGUUCCUAUCGGACCACCGCUGGUUGAUUUGUCCGAAAGAAGAGCCGCUGGGGUUUAAAGCUUGAGAGCAAGACCUUGACCCUCGUCCUGGAGGACGGGGACAUGGCGGCUGCCCCGGGGCAGUGGAGGCUUGCCUAUUAGGGUAGAUGGACCACUGCCCAACCAAUUUUCUUGAUUCAACCAAGCCCACCUGCUCCCUCUUUUUUAAAAAACAGUCCAGAGGGUGGUCAUUGGCUGUCUGCGAACUCUUCCUUAGUUCUCCCAUUUGCUGUUUGGAGAGAGACAGACAAGGACAAAAAUAGAAUUAGUUGGCUUUGCCUGUCAUUUGCUCUGGCUCCCCCUACUGUUGACCUUCUGUCUUCCACUCUAGUGGUCCUGCUGACACUUGCCCUGGUGCCAGAGGCAUGGGCUGCAACUCCUAUCAUGCCUGGCUAUUGGCCAUGUUGGUUGCAGCAGAUGGGAGUUGACAUCCAACAGCAUAUUGGGGGGCCACCCAUGUUUAAAGGUACACAUUACUUCAUUGCUAACAGGGCUGACUCCUGUCACUGAAUACAAACCAAGCCACAAACCAAGCCAAAUUAUCAUUAGAAGAAAGCUGUUCGCUUUCCUCUAGCUUCUUGGAGGAAAGGUAGAAUAUAAAGAGUAAUAAAUAAAAUAUCUCCUUCUCCCUACUUGCCAUUGCUGAGCUGUCAUCACAGUGUAGCAUUUAUUAUGCAGACGUAGAUUUCAAUCUGUAUUGUCUUUGUUAUCAUAAUAAAUGCAGAACGGUCAGCAAUGGUAAGUGGAAUGAUAGCUAAUAAAGGAAGACUAGUGAACAUUGAUGUUUAUUACAAUUUAUAUUUUGCCUUUCUUCCAAUGAGCUCAAGGUGGUAUUCAUGGGUCUCCGCUUUUUAUCAUCACAUCAAUCCUGUGAGGUAGGUUAGGCUGUAGCCCCAUGCAGGCCUACUCAGAAGCGAACCCAAUAUAUGCUCCUAAAUAGGCAUACAGUACAGUGGUACCUCGGUUGUCGGAUGUAAUCCAUUCCAGAAGACGGUUCAACUUCCGAAACAUUUGACAACCGAGGCGCAAAGGGUGUUCUGCAAAGUCAGUGGAGAAAGUUUGGGGGGGACGGGACACAGAAGCUGUUCGACUUCCGAGAUGCUCAAAAAUCAAGGUACCGCUGUAUAUUGGACCAGCCUUAGUGAGAUUUUUGGCCGAGUAGGAAUUUGGACAUGGAUGCCCCUGGUCCAGCACAAACUAUUAUAAUACCUCACUGGCUCAGGUCGACUUCUUCCUUACAUACUCCUAGAUCACUGGUGUAGUUUUAAGCCUAAAGCUGCAAUCCAAUGCAAACCCUUGGGAGUAAGUUCCUUUGAACUCGGUGGGACUUAUUUCUGAGGAAACAUGCUAAGAAUCAUGAUGCAUGGGCCCAAGUUAUGAUUCAAGAUAUCCCUGCUUUAAAAAGGUAAAGGGACCCCUGAUCAUUAGGUCCAGUCACGGAAGACCCUGGGGUUGCGCGCUCAUCUUGCUUUAUCGGCCGAGGAAGCCAGCGUACAGCUUCCGGGUCAUGUGGCCAGCAUGGUGAACCAGAGCAGUGCAUGGAAACACCGUUUACCUUCCCACCAGAGCGGUACCUAUUUAUGUAUUUUGUGCUUUCGAACUGCUAGGUUGGCAGGAGCAGGGACCGAGCAACGGGAGCUCACCCUGUCGUGGGGAUUCGAACCGCCAACCUUCUGAUCAGCAAGACCUGGGCUCUGUGGUUUAACCCACAGCGCCACCUGCUUUACUCUGCCACAAACCAACUAAGGGGUCUUAUGCAAGCUAUUCUUUCUUACGCUUAGGCUGUAAUCUUAACUUUACUUAACUGAGAGAAAGCCCCAUUGAAUUGUAUAGGAUUGACCUGUGAGUAUACUUCAUUAGGACUGCACCAUUAGCUGAGCUUAUUCCCCAGUGUAUGUCUUCAGAAUUGCAGACUUGGAGUAUCCAAAGCACUUCACAUAUAGAUUCCAAUUGGAUAAUGCACAAUAUGCUUUGAAUACUCUCAGGCUGUGGUUCUCAAGACACGAGGGAUUAAGUGCUCCAUUGAAAACUAUUGGACUUAACUUCUAAGUAAACAGACAUAGAAUUGUGUGGUAAAGCACUAUGUGCAUCUCAGGCUGGCCCAAAGGACUCUGCAACCUGUAGUGGAACAACAAAUUGCUCCCUUUCUCCCCAAGGUGCCUAGUACCCAACGGCAGACAAGUGUUUUCAAAAGCUGAGAGAAAAUUCCGCAGAUGCCCAGCACUAGCAAUAAAAAUACAGUAAUAAUAAUUAACCACCCCUUCAUGACACCCAAAAUCAACUUUCUGAGAUGGCCACCUCCCUUUGCCAAAUGGUAGAGCUUGCUGCUUGCCCUAUAGAUAAAUUUUAAAUAGCACCAGUGGUGGUGUUAGUCUCUAGCUUUAAGUCUGCCAAGGACAAUGGCUCCUCAUCCAUCUUAACAACCUUUACCAAGAUGAGCUGCUUAGAAUAUCUGAAUUAUGUUCUUCGGGGGGGGUAAGGUCUACCCUCUCUGUUAUUCCUUUGCCAUAUUCUAAUCACCCCUUUAGAAGUAUUUACAAAUAUGGAAUGUUUUAUAAAUGUGUGUGUCAUUUGUGCGUAGGAGUCACUUUAAUCUUCUGUGUAUCAUUCCAAUUUUAGUGUGAUGCCAAAACAAGCACCUCUUUUGGGAUUAUUUCUUAAGUGUUUGCUCUGCACACCACACAUUUGUGUACACACUCCUGUUUGCUCUGCAUCCAGUGUGCUCCUGCCAUUGGUUUUUGAACUGUUGUACACACAGCUUUAGCCACAGUCCAUAUCUAUCCUGUCAUUUCUUAAGAAAUGUUAUUUUGAUAUGUGUUUCUCCAAACCAGCUUUGAUCUGUAUUGAGAAAAAGAACAAACUAGCAGAGUUUUAAUAUGGCAAUGUGUACACAGCCAUCAUCUCAGUACUAAGGUAUGCCAGUGUUAUUAAUAUCUUAUUUACAUAAAGUUUGCUGAAGCAAGGAAUAGAGGUCAACAUAAUGCCUGAUCCACCAGGCAUUUAAACAUUGAUACAACCAGGGUCUCUAUUAACAACAUCCUAUUUUUUCUUGGUUGGGACGCGGGUGGCGCUGUGGGUUAAACCACAGAGCCUAGGACUUGCCGAUCAGAAGGUCGGCAGUUCGAAUCUCCAUGAGGAGGUGAGCUCCCGUUGCUCGGUCCCUGCUCCUGCCAACCUAGCAGUUCGAAAGCACGUCAAAGUGCAAGUAGAUAAAUAGGUACCGCUCCGGUGGGAAGGUAAACGGCGUUUCCGUGUGCUGCUCUGGUUCGCCAGAAGCGGCUUAGUCAUGCUGGCCACAUGACCCGGAAGCUGCACGCCGGCUCCCUAGGCCAAUAAAGCGAUAUGAGCGUCGCAACCCCAGAGUCGGUCACGACUGGACCUAAUGGUCAGGGGUCCCUUUACCUUUAUAUUUUUUCUUGCCUGGGACUUCAAAAACAAGGAGAACAUGUGACUGGAUCACAUAUUGUGUAAGCCUGGCCUAAAGCCACCCAGUAUAUUCAUGGCAGAUCUAUAUUUGAAAUGGGAAUUCCCAGAUCAAAGCUCUUGAUCUUAAUCACCAUAAUCUCUCUCAUAUUUGUCCUCAAAGUUAUAAUAGUGUGAAUACUGUUGUCUCUGUACGACCGGGUCUAAGAGCAUCACUCUUAUUUGCUGGACUAAACUUGUACUAUGCUGCUAAAAGUGAUAUUUCAAAUGUACUUGAAGCUGUAGUCAGAACUUAAAAGUAUUGUGAGCCUUUUAACUUUAUAAAUUCUAAUUGUUACUGAUGCAAAAUAACUUUGAUUUAUGGUCACCAAUCUAAGCAAUACAUGUUAUUAUCCAUCAUUUCAUGUAUGUAGUAAUUUUGGCAUACAUACUUUGACACAAUUUUGUUGAUACAUCUAGAAACGUUUAUCUCAUUGUUUAUAGUUGAUUUUAAAUUUUAUGUAAUUGUUUCAUGUCAUAAGCUCUAAUGUAAACAAAGCUAAAUCUCAGUGCAACCAUGUUAGAUUUUUAUUAAUUUUCAUUUAAAAACUAUGUUUAAAAAAAUAGAGUGCCAUGGGUCAUGCCAAUAGAGCGUAUAAUUCUUAGAGGAAACAAAUCAGGGAGUGUAGUGUAGGAUUUUCACUGGAUGGUAGAAAUAGGGUUAGAAAUAGAAUUUGGUUUGGGACAGUAAGCAAAGUGAUGUUAGGUUGGUCAAUGAAGCCAUUCCUAGAAUCAUAGAUUUUAGAGGGAGUUCUACACUCUCACUACAGUAUAGAACCCCAACUUAAGGCCUGCCAAGGGAUGUGACCUUACUCUCCUCAUUUAGGCUCUGUUACGUUUUCCUGCACUUAUUAUUAUAUAGCCCUAUAGUGUACAUAGUGCUUUACAAAUACAACAAUCAUCAUUUUCAUGAGCUGGGAACAGAAGGUAGAUAUUGGCAGCCUUUGCCAAACUGGUGUCCUCCAAAUCUUUUGGACCAUAACUCCCAUCAGCCCCAGCUCAGCACCCAUACUAUGUUAACUAUAAAUUAACUUUGCCCUAAUAAAGCAGCCCUCUAGCCCACAUUACAUUAAAAUAAGACUUCAGUUACUCAUAUAUAACAGGUACCCCAGUUUACUUUUGUGAAUUAAUCACCUGAACUACCAUGCAACCAAGAGGUAAAAACAAUGUGUAUGCAAAACCUUCUGAAGCCCUUUUUACCAGGCAUCAAACAGCUACUUAUUUAAUUCUAAUUUUCUGAUUUGUUUUUUUAAAACAAGAACCAUAAACACGCUGGUCAUUUUGGAACAAUAGCUAAAAAUCACAGAGCCAUUACUGUCCAUUAAAAUCCUGUUUACAGUUCAAUGGAGGUUCAUAUGGAUUGCCCAUCCUUCAUAGAGGGAAGGAAGGGGUGGGUGGGAAGAGAUUUAUAAUCUUCUAAGUGUCUCUAAACCCUUUCCAGUCUUUGACAGCCUUAAGGCUGGGUGCACAAAUUGUGGGAAAGGGAGGAGGGAAAUCAUAUUUAAUUGUGGGAAUGGGGAUUAAAUAAGUAGCUGUUGGAUGCCCUGAUUUCUAUUUGAUCAAUAAAUCAUCAAGUGUCUUAAGUGCUGUAUUCACUAUUAAAUUAAAUGAAAAAUACUUUAACCUGCCUCCCUUGUGUCAGCAGAUAAAGCUAAUAAUAUUUUUCGGUUAUAUUUCAAUUUAGGUAUUUAAGUGCAUCAAACACCAUGGGACAUUUUUUUUCCUUGGAAUAAAUAGAAAAUGGCCUUCAAGUUUAAAUGUGGAAAAAAUAUUUUCUAGUGAAGAGAGCUGUUUAAAUAGAGUAUGUACAUGGGUUAAUAUAUUUAAAUGGUACAUUAACAGGCAGGCAACCCAACGUGUUUACACUUAAAAAGAAAUUUCAGAGGGAGGUGAUGCUGCUGAGCUUUGUAUGGCACAAGCAGCACUUUUCAGUUAGGAGUCUCAGCGCUCAGAGCUACACUUUAAGUAACCUUUUCUCUAAAUGUUUACCCUUUCCUUUUGUUUUCACCUCUAAAUUAAGUUUACUUUUAACUCUUUCUUCUCAAGCGUUCCAUUCCUCCAGGCUUCUCUUAUCCUGACAGACCAAGGGCGAGUAAAUCUAUCUAAGUGUCAUCUCUCAGGGGCUUACACUACAAAUACUAUUCUCUCUUUCUCCCCCCGCCUUUUUCAGAUGAUCAAUAUCCCUGCCCCCAGCACGAGGAAAAAACUCGCGCGCGUAUCUUCUAACGUGUGUACACAUUAGCACUUAGGGACGCACAUCUGGGUCAUGUGGUCACUUUAUCUAUUUUUCAUAGGACUUUUCCUACAUUGCAGGAGGGUGUGUACUUGCAUGUGAAAAAAAAAUUAGAUGAGGCUCUUGAUUCUUAGGGGGAUCCGGUCAAACUCACCGGCAUUUUUAUAAGCGUAUACUCGGCGGGAGCCAAAACAGAAAUAAACAUAAAAAUGAGUUUCAGCAUGUUUUGGGGCCUCACAGAUCCCAGCGAGGAAAGCGAGAGCCGAAUCGUUUUAGAGUGAUGUCAACUUUCCCCUAAUUUUAAUGCCGAUCUGCUUUUAUAUGUAAGAGAUCUCGCUCGCCUUCUUUCCCCUCUAGCGGUAAUAACCUGACGCUGCCCUAAAAUCGCGAUCGAAUGAUAUCGGUGAGGUUUAAUUGCCAACUUAGCAUCUCCGUCACACCUCCCAGCCCAUUAGACGCUGCAGCCUCACCUGGUUCUACGGGCGAGCUCAGCGGCCUCGACGGCCAGAGCCUGAUUAUACAGCCAAGCUGCUAAUUUAGCGAACCGCCCUUUCGAGGGAGGCCUUGAUGGACGCCACACGCCGGAAUCAGGCGCGCGCUCCGAGGAGGGGCCGGCGUGGCGCCGCUGCUCCCCGCCCGCCCCGCCGGCCGCCGCCUCCCCGCAGAAUGAGAAGCGGGGAAUUAGCCGAGGUGUGGGCAGGCAGGGAGCCGAGCAAUUAGCGCCGAGCGGCCGCCGGGGGGACAGCAGGAGAGGCGCCCGGGCCGCACUCUGCUGCAAAGGGUAAGGCGGCGGCCGGCCAGGCUCUGCGCCAGAACGGCAGCCGCGGCGCCUGGCCUCCCGGACCCUCUGCCCUCUGUCGGGAGGGCGGCGUAAAGUUGGGGCCAAGCAAGACUAGCAGCAAGCCGGCGGGCGACGCGUUUCCCACCCCGGCAAGACUCUAAAAUAGCAGGCGCGGGGAAACCCUGAGAGGCAGAGGGCUUUAACCCUUUGCUCCCAGGGCGCUGGAAGAAAAGGCUUUCAUCUGGGAGAGUGGGAGCUUCCCCUGCCCCCCAGCAAAUAUCUGGCGCAGGAUGGCGAGACGGAAAGGUUAAAGCCCCACCCUCCCUUUCAAGAGUUCGGACCCGGGUGAGGAGGAUCCCUGCGACUUUCUCCUUUAACCUUUAAGAAGCCGUCAGCAGACAUGGCAGCUACUAGUUUGUCAUAGAAUCAUAGCAUUGUAGAAUUGGAAGGGACCCAGAGGGUCAUCUAGUCCAACCCUCUGCAAUGAUGGAAUCUCUUCCCCCCGCCCCUUGACCCAUACCACCCAGAGUAGAAUAUAGAAAGAGAUAUCCUAAUCCGAGACACAUCGGCAGUUCUUUGGGGCAGAUUAAUGUAUAUGAUGUCUAUAAUCUAUGAACUGCACACUCACACACCCCCACACAUGACGUGUGACUGUGAUGAUAUGUGUGGGAAUGUUUGUUAUAUUCUGAUAAAUAUUGAAUGUGCAAAGACUCCUCAGAUGGUCAUCCAUGUAUUAUGGUAUCCCUAAUAUGCAAUGUACAAGUGUGUGUUCUGAAUCUGUACAGAAGCUUAUAGUACGCACAUGCAGUACAUGAAUAUACAGUGCUUAAUUCAGGCAUUUUUGCAUUCCAGGCCACUUUAUGUCUCUCAUGAAGCAGACUAUAGACCACAAGAGCUCAGGCCCCAAUCAAUCCUCCAAGUGUCACAAGAAUCUUGCUAGCUUUUGCUGCAACAAGCCAAUGUGGCUAACCUUCGGCAGUAUGUGUGAUGGGUGCCUAUUAUCAUGCAAUAACUACUAUAUAUGCAAAAUUUGAUGUGUGUACAACAGAGAAAUGCAUACUUCAUGCAUGCAUGAUACUGGCAUACAUUCUAUGUAUGGGUGUAUAUAUAAACACAUAUAUUACAUGUGGUCAAUAUGCAUUAUGUCCUAUGUAUAAAAUAGAGAGCACACUAUAUAAUAUAUUUAUUUAUUGAUCCUGCCCAUGAACUCAGAACAGGACUUCUUAUCCCACCAGCAUUGGGAAGUCCAAGAUCAAUAGGGAAGAUGGUGAUUUGCCCAAUGCAAUAUGCACAUUUGAGGGCUGUAAGGGAUUUGUAUCCUGGAUUUGAAUCCACAUUCCAUCCACUAAGGCUACUCUGGCAUUGUGUAUGUGCAUUUAUAUGAGCCAUUAAUAUAACAGAUGUUCAUAUUACAUACAUAUAUAACAGUCUGCAUAAUUCCAUUUUGGUGUGUCCAUGUGUGUAGCAUCAGCAUCUGUAUCACGCAAAUAACCCCAGCCUGUGCAUGUAAUGCGUUUAGUCGAACAGAUGUUGAUAUGCAACUUGCCCGCUUAUUCCAGGUGGGUAAUCAAGGAGCCCUCUCCAAUGUACCAGCAAACCCUUUAUGCAAGUGACUCUCCUUGUAUGUCUGUUGCAGAUAAAGAUACAUUAAUGGGCCAGGCACCCAUUAUUAUUGUAUAGGCAGGCACAAAUAGAGGGGAAUGUGCACACAUGACCAUAGAGCAUUGUUAAUGAUGUACACCAGCGAUCUAAGAUAUACUUCAUAUCCAUUUCAGUUUGUAGAUAAUUUUGCUACGUUACCCUCCCGUUUGUGUGUGUGUUCGUUCUCCGGGUGCCUCUCUCUUCCUUCCGGACUGUAAUCACAAGGGUAAAUAUUGGUAGGGAUGCAAUAUAUGUUUAUGGCCCAAAUGUGUGUGUAAACGCUUGAAUCUAGGACUAACCUAUAUUUAUUUGGUGCUCCGGGCAGCCAGUGGAAGCUGGAGGUGCGCAUCUUUGCAACACAAAAGACCAUGGAGCAAGCGGAUGUCUCCCCGCCCCCCCGCCCCCUCCCCCUCGCUGGGCACAAUGGCGAAGGAAUCGCAGGACCCGCGCAAAUGCGCUUCGCCAAGCGCUUUCCCCGGGAGUUGCUUUGGGCAUUUCUUGGAGCCUUUGGCAGCAGACCACUUUUUGGGGGGGAGAGUGGGGGGGUUUAUAGAUUUCUCCCGAGCACCCGCCCUCCUUCUCCUCGCCGUCCUAUAUUUCUAUAUUCAUCUGAUGGGCGAUGGUGGCGUUAUUAAUUGUAGCCGCGCCUUUGCUUGCUCUUUGCGAGAGCAGCGCUCUAAAUUGGCUCUAAUAAAUAUUAGCCGCUAGAUUAGGCGAGGUGAAGCUGGCGCGGCGCUCCAUUUUCGACCUGUAGCCUCUGCAAAGCCGCCAGUUCUGCGCCAGAUUAGCCCCAUCCAUCCAGUGUCAAUGGUUGUCUUGUUGAGAAAAUCAGUGAGUAAACACGGCUGACAGAGAGGGGGCUCAGCUGAUUACUCAUACAAAUAGACUGCAAACUCCUCCAGGAGAAGCUGUUUCCAGAGAUGGGUUUCUCGCAUUGACAGCGCGCCUUCUCCCAGGAUCGUGUGUCCUGCUGUUCCCACUUUGUCCUCCAUCAAUCACACAAUUGUGUCCGGGAUGUUUUAUAGAGUCACUUAAUAUCCCUGCCUUCAUCUCUAUUCACUUAGAGAAUGAUCUGCCAUAAGGGGGAAAGGCUUUUCUUCUCUCUCUCUCUCUCUCUCUUGCUUGCUUCCCCCCACAGACAAACCCGGGCCACAAUAGCUCUGGUGGGGGAAACGCAGCCAAUCGGGGGAAGCCGGGAAAAUCUUGCCCGGCUUUCUGAUGCAAAUAUAUCAAACCAUCCAUGAGAUAUUUCAAUUCCAGCCAACCCUGUGGUUUACAUGUCGCCCGCUAUUCCUUUAUUGUCUGGUGUUAUUACAUUACCUCCAGCUUCUCAUAAUCACCUGGGGUAAGAAAAACAAAAUUGGGGGGGGGAGGAGGAGGAGAAAAGGUUACUGGUUGAGAAGGGAAAUGCUAAAGCUACAUUGCACCUUCACACACACACACAAAUAACAUGAAAUAUACAGAGAGAAUCUGAUCUGUUAUUACCAUCCAUUAGCAUCCCAGUUUGAGUUUUAAGUUGAUUAACUGACUCGAAUUUAACUGGUUAAUGGUUCAAUUAGUCGCUUGAUUUAAGAAUCUCAAUAGUGGUGGCAAGUGGAAGGUAUAAAAAGAAGCGAAGAGUUUCUCUCGCCUAAAUGAGGCGAGAAAAUAAUGCAUGGCUUGGGAGGAAUCACCUUCAGCGCAUUCCUCGAAACCAGAGGUGAAGUCAGCCUGACAACGGUGCCACCAACAUCGUACUCAUCCGAUUAAAAGUCGCAUUUGAAGAUUGCUUCCUUAGGCACCCUUAGCUGAAAGGAGGCUUCCUUGAAAUCAAUUGCACUGGCUUGAAAGUUUGGUGUUGGGUGUGUGCUGUUUUUUCCUUUUUGUUAAUUUGUGGCUGUCAAUGGAUUCAUUACUCCCAGUCACUUAGUAAAAAGAACCCCAACACACAAUUCCAAAGUAAGUUCCGAUUAGGUGCAUCGGGCUUGUUUACAAGUAAAUCUAUUAAGAAUCAGGUCUUUAAAGUUACAUAACAGUAACUGGCAUAAUUUAUGGAAUGGGCUUGGGUAACUCCAGUUACAGCGGUCUCAUCAGUCUUUUAAACAUUUGACAGCAGCCCAAGACCAAAAGACCUGGCUUAACUGGAUUAGGGGACGCAAUAAGUGAAGUUCAACAUAAAAAUAUAAAAAGUUUCAGAUAGACUGUACUGUAAAAUUGCGACGGGUCCCAUAAUCCAGUUAAAACAAUGCACUUAGUAUAAUGCACUUAGUAUAAUGAUAGUAUAGUAAUAAUGAUUGUAGGUCCCAGCUUCACUGGGUAGAGAAUCUCUUUCCAUGAGUGCUCAUUUUCUUCGCAACUGCUUUGUCCCUGGCCUGUUCUUACUGCCAUAUUCAAAUAAGCAUCACCAUCACCUUUCCCUUGUAACUAGAAUGGCCAGCCGGUCUAAGACGGCCUUGAAUGCUGGAGAAUGUUAAAGACAAGCGAAGGAGUUACAAGGUAUUACUGUUGAAGUACCUCAUCUGCAAAUUAGAUUGCUACACAAUUAAUCAGAAAGUUAAUUAAUGAGCAAGUUACUAAUUAGGACAAUUUAAAACUGAUGUUUAUAGAGUCUUACUUUAAAAAAAAAUAAAAAUACCAGCCAGCUAAUUGGCCCAUACCUUGGUUUCAUAACUCAUCACCAAGGUUAUAAUGCUACAGAUGUUUUGUUUAUUAUGUAACACAAGGCAAUUAUGUCAGUAUUAUAUUGGGCGCAUCGUGAAUCAAUCUUGGAAAUUUUGUUAUCACUUUAAAGGCUAGUAUUUCUUAAAAUAAUAGAGAGAGGAGUAUAACUGGGGAGGAGGUGGUUAUUUUUCGUCACUCUCUCCAGAGACCCGACAAAGCCUGAAUCUUUACCUGCUACAGCUUCCUGCAAUACACACAAGCAGCUAGAGAGAGAGUUAAGUCACGUUUCGCUGAGGUAAAUAGCCAAAUUACUACUGAUAUUGUAAUAAGGGCUCUUGGAUUUCCUCAAGUAAGUGAGCACUGAGCAGUAGGGCAGACUAGAUGUCCUUUAAGUUUCCUCCAAACGCUAAUUCAACCAUGAUAUGAUUGUAAGUCUCUGUGACAUACUCCCAGGUAUUCUGCCUACUCCCUUGGCGAUUCUGGAGAAUCAGGGUUUUGUUAAUGGGUGAUAUAUAAAUUAUUUUACAUUCAAUCUUAUUAGCUCAUGGUGUUUUGUAAAAAAAAAAAGUUCUCUCCAUAUUUGCGAUAAAAUAUCCAAAACAAACAAACAAACCCGAGAACAAGAAAGAUAAUUUAAAAAGCAAACAAACCACUAACAUAUCUACCCCUUUAAAUGGGUGGUGGAACAUAACUAGCUAAAAUAAACGUAUCGAUGUGUAAGGACUGGGUAACAUUCAAUACCUGUGAAAUAAUGUCGAUAUGACUCCUUAAAACUAGGGAUGAGAGGAAUUAAGACUUAUGAAAUGCAUGAAACUAUGGUGGUAGCAGACCCAGUAGUGAGUUUAUUUUCCAAAUAUCCUGAAUUGGGGGGGAGGGACCUUUACCUGAAUACCUGUAAAAUUCGUGAAGACUUUAAACUUUAAAUAUGAGGAUAAACUCCACAAAGCCUGUGUGUGUGUUUGAGCAUCCACGUCAGACUUCAGUAGAAAAUGACCUUUAUUGUUUUUAGUGGAAGGAGCGCAUGAGCGCAGGCGCUGCCGCCGACUUGCCUUUGCGUUUGCUCUGUGGCGAGGCGAAGACAUGACAGCAAGCCCCCAUUGUCUGUUAGGUCCCCAAAUACUGAUUAAUUCUGUGCGCUGUAAUGGCUCAGGUGUGUGUAUCCUCAAACUGUACGGAGCGCUUGUCUAACCCUCAUCUCCUUGCACCAAGCCUUCCUUCCCCCAUCCUCUUAAAUACAGAAGCCAAUAAUUCCUACGAACUCAGCAAUAUACAACCCCAGUACAUUUACUCCACAGUCCUUCCCGUAAAGGCAAUGAAACAGCGACGAACUAAAAUCUACCACGCAAGAAUCAGGUCGAUCUUCCACUCCAAACAAAAAAAUAAUAAUCAAUGAACCCCCUUGAAGUUUUGGGGAGAGCUGUUUUUGCUCCCUCCCCUGAAUGCAAAUAUUUUCAAAUUUGCUGAGCUAAACCAAGAUUCUCAUAAGCAAGUAGAGUUAAAGUCCCUUUCGCACCCUUUCGGCAUUCACAAUUCUGCCUCGCUUUCUCUAAACAAGGCCAAAUUCAUGCAUGUGUUCUCCAAGAAUCUUGUUAAUAAUUCUGACUGGGGCAUAACACGUUCGCACGUGUUUGUGCGUGUGUGUGUAUGGAGGAGGUUAUACCCGAAUUAGCUCUCCUACUGCGGGUGGGUAGGGGAAAGGCGAGAACUAAGCCGAAUUAUUUAGGGGCGUUUCUGGACAGUGUAUAUCAAGCUGCCUACUUUAGAAAUCGGCAUUAUAAGUAGUUCCGGGUCACCAUUCGCCUAGUGUAGUUCAAGUUGCUGCUCCUUAGCAGUUGUUUGGAGCGCCAUAACGCACCCAAACAACUCCUGGCAAUCUCAUCUUCAACCAUGAGGAGUACAUAUAGGUAAUUUUUAAUGAAGAGGUUCCUGUACCACGUUAUUAGCAAUAAAUCUACACUAUUCUUUGUUGGUUAAAAUCAUUAUCAUCAUCAUCGCUAUCAUUACUGAACUCAUUAUUCUUGUGUUACUAUCAGAGUAGAUUUAUGAUAAUACCCACCAUCACGCCUGAGCUAAAGAAGGUGUAAAGGUUUGAUUAAUAGCUGCUUUCACGUUUUAAUACUCGACAUUUUCUCACUUUUUUGUAAUAAAUAAGGACUGUAAUAAUUACAGGAGGUAAUUGCUGCUCUGAUCAGACACAUAUGUGUUUCUCUUAAAAUCUCCAGCGGACACAAGAUCGGAUCAAUGCGAAGCAGAGCCUAA